UUGUAUUUGUUGUGUAAUUAAAAACCCUAAAAGGCAAAUAAGGGCGCUGUCUCUCUCUCUCUCUCUCUCUUCCUCAGAUAUCAGUCUUGGAAAAUCAAGAACGAAAGCCAUUGAUUUUAGCUCCAAAAACUUGUGAUUUUGGAAUCUCAACUUUGAAUUUCUUUAUAGUUUGUCUGAAGAGCUUCGCUGUGCUUUCACCGAGUCUCUGGCACAAUGGUAAUUUCGAAUUUCACUGUAUAAUGUCAUAUUCUUCUCAGUUGUGCCUUUUUCUUUUCAUUCGUUGAAUAUAUGUUGGAUCGGUAAUGAUGGUGUUUUCGUGGUGGCCGUAGAUGGGACGAGGAGGGGGAGGAGGAGGGGGGCGGGACCGGUUCCGGAGGGAGUACCAGCCCCGAAUGGAGGAGAGGAGCAUGAGCCAUUCUUCUGGGUCUGGUGGGCGUUAUGGUGGUGGUGGUGGUGGUGGUGGUGGUAGUGGUGGUAGUAGUAGUGGCAGAGGCGGAGGCUUCUUCAACAAGAGCAAUGCCCCACCAUCGAGACACCUCUGGGUUGGGAACCUUGCUCAUGGUUUAAUGGAGAGUGAGCUGACCCACCAUUUCUUACGCUUUGGUGAUCUCGAAAGUGUGGCUUUUCAACCAGGUCGUAGCUACGCCUUCCUUAACUUUGUUAGGGAUGAAGACGCAAUCGACGCCAUUGAAGCACUACAAGGCUUUCCUCUUGCUGGCAACCCGCUUAGGAUUGAGUUUGCCAAGGCGGAUAAGUCACCAGCACCAUUACAUGAUGAAGAUCACUCCCAGUAUCGAGAUGAGCAAUACUCUGGAUCAAGAGAAUCUCCUUAUUUACAGAAGGAGUUUAGAGCUCGUCAUGCUCGUGCUGACCAAAUUUAUGCUGAUGAUUCUAGUAUGGAUGAUAAGAACGCAGAACCUAGUGCUGUUUUAUGGGUGGGGUUUCCAGCUUCACUGAUGGUGGAUGAAACAAUUUUAAGGAGAGCUUUCUCACCAUUUGGUGAGAUUGAGAAAAUUACUGCAUUUCCAGGUCGUAGUUAUGCCUUUGUCCGAUUCAGGAGUGUAAUAUCAGCUUGCGAAGCUAAAGAUACUCUUCAUGGUAAACUAUUUGGAAAUCCCCGUGUACAUAUUUGUUUUGCAAAGAGUGAAAGUGGCUCAAACAACGGAAGGAGUUCAUUAAAUAUUUCUCCAUCCCCACAAUUUAAGUCAAAUGGCCGCCAUGGAUCUUCUGAAAACUUUUGGCAGGAUAGGAAGUUUGGGAACUCAACUGGUGAUGCGUACACUAGAUCUCCUCAACAUUUCUCUAAUUUGGAUUCUGGUGAUUUUGAUCCCUAUAGUUCAAGUAGAAAGGGUAAUUUAUGGAUGGGUGGAAAUAAUACAGCUGAGCAGAGGAGAUUUGGGGAAGUAGGGUCUGAACUAGGACUAUCUCAAGAUAUGUACGAAUAUCAGAACAGUCCAAGAGGGAAACGUGGUCAUUUACAUGAUUAUCCUCAGAGGUUUCAACAGACAAGUACAUUAAAUGAAGAACCAUGGGACUUACCCGAAGAUGUUCAUUUUUCUCAUGGAGCCAAGAAAUUAAAGACUGGAUACUAUCCAUCAGAAAAAGAGCUUCCUGAAUAUCCUUUCUUGGACCAAGAACGUGAAAGACAUGCUUUCCCUGGUCAAUUCUCUGAUUUUUCCCAAGCUGAUCGCUCGAAUAGAAAAUUUGUUGCUGGACCUUUCAGUGAUAAGCAGAUGUAUGAUCACACUUUGAGUGCUCCACCUCAGAGAGAAAGGAAUAAUCACUGGAAAGAAACUUUUGACAGCCCCCAGCUAGGAUCUGGUUCUUUGCAGGUGAAUUCUGUAGAAGAGAAACGAUUGACUCCUGAAUCAGAUCUUCCUUCUCUGAAUGAGUGGAAAUGGGAGGGAACUAUUGCUAAGGGAGGAACUCCUGUCUGUCGAGCUCGAUGCUUUCCUGUUGGAAAAGUCCUUGACAUUAUGUUGCCUGAAUAUUUAGAUUGCACUGCCAGGACUGGAUUAGACAUGCUUUCAAAGCAUUAUUAUCAAGCAGCAAAUGCUUGGGUUGUCUUCUUUGUCCCUGAGAGUGAUUCUGAUAUUGGAUUUUACAAUGAGUUUAUGCAUUAUCUGGAGGAGAAAGAGCGUGCCGCAGUUGCCAAGUUAGAUGAAAAGACAACCUUGUUCCUUGUGCCCCCAUCAAAUUUCUCAGAGAAAGUACUGAAAGUACCUGGGAAACUGAGCAUAUCUGGGGUAGUCUUGAGGUUAGAACAUCCUGAUUCUAAUGCAGGCCCUUUUCACCGCCAACACGAAAGAGAAGAUGGAAAUUCAUUGUCGUUUCCUGGGAAUGCAUCAUAUCCGAAACCAUCAACGCCUUCUCAUUCUAGUCAUUCACUGAAAUAUUUUCCUGGAAAUGUGAAACCUGCUGUUUCUAGUUCAUCCCGUGUUGGUAGUAGUAGAUCUGACAGUUUUCAUGAAAGCAGGCACGAAUUUCCACACCAUGGAGAUCCUAGGUCUGCGGCAAACUGGUCUUCUCCCCAUAUGCAGAACUCAUUUUCUGGUGCUAAAACUGUAUCAUCUCAAGCGCCUGUUGGUGCUGUUGAUGAAAUAGUUCAGCAACAUCCACCAGUCAAGACAAGAACGAUGCAAGAAACAAGUUCCAUUUACUCAACAGGUGGAGCUUCAGGUAUUCCGGUGUCUGAACAUAACAGAUCAUCCCUACAGGAUAUUGCAGCUCUGCAACCAGAGCAACUUGUACAGUUAGCAUCAUCUCUUCUUGGGCAGAGGCAGUUAGGGAGUGUAUCAAAUGCACCGACUGAAAAUGAUUCAAGGCAGGAUAGCUCAAGAAGUGAGUCUGAUAAGCCGUCAAGAACAUCCCAGAAUCAUGGUUUGCAUAAUAAUCAGAUAAAUUCCAAGUUGUCAAUAUCUCAGCCUGGUCAAUAUCAACAGUUGCAGCAACCACCAAAUGUAUCAGCCAUGUCUCACAUGGUUCAGAGAGAUAAUCAAACUAGGCCUCAGGAAAAUCAACACCAGCAGAGUACUAGUAGUAGUACACAGGAAGCAGACUCGGAUCCGCAAAAGCGCUUACAAGCAACAUUACAACUUGCAGCCACUCUUCUUCAGCAAAUACAAGGAAAAGGAAGUUAAAAUUUUGACUAUUGUAUGCCUGCCCCCAAAUCAGCCACGCCAAUCUAGUCUAUAGUUUUUUUUUAUUUAAUAACUUUGAAUUAUGUGCAAUAGUUGCUUAUACAGGCUGCUUAGUUGCAAAAACCUGCAAUAUGAUUCACCUUUUGUGUCUCUCAAUCUCAUUAUGAUAAAUAUAUUUUGUUGUGCUAAUUUAUUUAUUUGUACUCAUAA